UAUAUACAGAAAAAUUAAUUGAUCAUUUGCAGGGAUGAUAUAUAGCUGCAUACAUAGUUUAUUUCUUUAGAAACAUGUAUUGAUAUAAAUAUAAAGAUGUACCAGUUUCGUGAAUGUGCAAAAUGUUAGAAUCAUGAUGUAAAAAUAUAUAUAUAUAUUCUUACAUCAUAGUUAGAAUCUAAUAUGGCUAUGGCAUUGAAUUUCGCGACUGCAAUUCCUAGGCAUUUCUUAUUGUUAAUUUAUUGUUUACGACACUACGCGUGACGUUAUUAUACGCAAUGGUACACUUAUAUUUACAUCAUAUAUACAACUACGUGUUCCAAAAUUCGCUGCCAGUACUGAAAAUCUAUAGUUCACGUAACGCAUAUUAUAGAUUUCCAGUAUUGGCAGUGAAUUUUGAAACACGGCCUAUGUAAAUAUGUCUGGAUAAAUUUAUGUCGCGAUUUCUUCUAACCUAUCUUACAACAAUCUUAUCCUAACCUUCCUGAAUGUGUCACUUGAGACUUGAGUACGAUUGUGUUAGUUCAGAUGACAUAUCUCCCGAAGAAACCCCGCCGUUCGCAGAAUAAGAGGCUUCCAAGAUUAAAAGCAGCGAAAGCAAAACAAUGAACGUACAAACAAGACAUCCCUAUGAGGGUCUACUGCACAAAUACACGAAUGCUAUGAAAGGCUGGCAGUAUCGUUGGUUUAUUCUGAGUCCUGAGACCGGUGAACUACAUUACUUCCUCAGUGAAUCUGAGAAGAAUCAAAGGCCACGGUGUUCGAUAUAUUUAGCAGGCGCCGUAAUAGCUCCCAGCGAUGAGGAUUCAAACACGUUUACCGUCAAUUCUGCUACCGGCGAUAUGAUCAAACUUCGAGCCACUGAUGCACGAGCACGUCAGGAAUGGGUGGAUAAACUACGAGCAGUUACAGAGAUGUAUACCAGAGCUAUAGCCAGCAGCCAUCCUCCGUUGCCGCCUCGAGAACAUUCUGGGAAUUCGAGCAGGAAUCCUGUCGUUAAGCUGGAAGUGCUGGACGCUUUCGCUAAUUGCCAGGAGCAAUUAAGAAAAGUGGAGAAACACAAUCUUGCUCUAGCACAAUCGAUUGAGAACUCGGAUUUGCAUCUGGAUUCAGAUCUCUUAGUUCUUAAAGCCAUGGCACAUACCACCUUGCAUACACUAAGCCAAUGUCUGAAUAUAUUAUAUCAAUAACAAAUUAAUCAUAUAUAUUUUUUAUGCUUACCUAUUAAUAUUAAAAUCUUUUUAUACCUGUAGAAAUACACAUACAUAAUAGAUUAUCUUCCUAUUAA